AUGAUCAUUGAUUUCGAAAGGGCUGCCGGAACAAAAGUAGCUGAGAUGGAAGAAGCCGUCAAAACUAUAACUGUUCAGAUGGAAGAGCAUCAAUUAUACCAACUAGUCUUCCUAGAAAGCUUUUUGAAGAGCACUCGGGGCUCCCUAUUAACCUUGUUCGACAAAAGACCGACGAUUACUUUAGAAGUUGCUAGAGAGAAGCUAUGUAGAAAUCUCAAAGGACUGGAAAUCUCUAUACGUGGCCUUCACAAACAUAUAACCAGGGAAAUGCUGGCUAACCUUGAAGAACGCGACAAAAAAAUUGCGUUUUUUAUUGAUGAGGACGGUUUUCAAUCGCAAAUGACGAGAUGUAAGGGCGUGGCCAAGAAAAGGAAUGCCUGCUAUGGUCAAGGUGCAUACACAAAGGGUGUUAACACCAGUAUAAUCGGCUGCAUUGCAUCUUUCGAUCUAUUCAAUUUUCUGAAAGUAGAUCCUAUCAGGAAAAUUGAUGCCGAGAUAAUUGAAAGUGAAUUUCAUUCAAAGGAGGAGAAUAAGGGCAAGAAACAAAAACCAAACAGUCAGAAGGAGGCUAAACCAAAGCCCAAGAAAGGAACCACCGCCUAUCAUAUUGUUAAAUUUACGGAAGCUACCAUAAACAUGUUGGAAAGGCUAGACAGAAGAGACUACUUUAUAGUCACGGAUGAUUGA